CUCCCUUUCCCGUCCUAAUAACAACAAUCAUUAUAAACGAACAGUAACCCCAGAAGAUUGCUGCUUCAUCGGGCCUUUAUUUUCAACAAACCAAGCCAAUCAUGACAGAAUUACGACACCGAGCAGGGACGGAAAAAGAGCUGCAGCGUCAAAACUCGGAGGAUAAGGGCUCUGAGACGGAAGGCAAGGAGAAAGAUGGAGCCUCGGAUAAUGAGACUAAGUCAGACUCUGGGGUUCCUGAGGUUCCCGUUUCUGCCGAUGAUACACCAGAGGUUCUCAACAAAGCCCUCUCGGGCCUUUCCUCACGAUGGAAGAACUGGUGGGUGAGGGGCAUCCUCACUCUGGCUAUGAUCUCUUUUUUCUUUAUCAUUAUUUAUCUUGGUCCGAUGGUGCUGAUGAUGAUUGUGCUGUGCGUUCAGAUCAAGUGCUUCCAUGAGAUCAUCACAAUUGGUUACAGCGUGUAUCACUCUUACCACCUGCCAUGGUUCAGAACACUAAGCUGGUACUUCCUGUUGUGUGUAAACUACUUCUUCUAUGGUGAAACAGUGACUGAUUAUUUCUUCACACUGGUGCAGAGGGAGGAGCCUCUACGCAUCCUCAGCAAAUACCACCGCUUCAUUUCCUUUGCCUUGUACCUCACAGGGUUCUGCAUGUUUGUCCUGAGCCUGGUGAAAAAACACUAUCGCCUGCAAUUCUACAUGUUCGGCUGGACUCAUGUGACCCUGCUGAUUGUGGUGACUCAGUCCCACUUAAUAAUUCAUAACCUGUUUGAGGGGAUGAUCUGGUUUAUUGUGCCCAUUUCCUGUGUUAUCUGUAAUGACAUUAUGGCUUACAUGUUUGGUUUCUUUUUCGGUCGCACCCCUCUCAUCAAGUUGUCUCCUAAGAAGACAUGGGAGGGGUUUAUUGGUGGCUUCUUCGCCACAAUUGUUUUUGGAAUCCUACUGUCCUAUGUGAUGUCAGGUUACCGUUACUUUGUGUGUCCUGUGGAGUUUAACAAUGACUCCAACCGUUUCACAGUGGACUGUGAGCCGUCUGAUCUCUUCCAGCUUCAGGACUAUGGCCUGCCGCCAGUUCUGCAGUCCAUCACGGGCUGGACCACAGUAAAGUUGUACCCAUUCCAGAUCCAUAGCAUUGCCCUGUCUGCCUUUGCCUCCAUCAUGGGACCUUUUGGAGGCUUUUUUGCCAGCGGCUUCAAAAGGGCCUUUAAAAUUAAGGACUUUGCGAACACCAUUCCAGGACAUGGAGGAAUCAUGGACCGUUUUGACUGUCAGUACCUUAUGGCCACAUUUGUAAAUGUUUACAUCGCCAGCUUUAUCAGAGGCCCAAACCCCUCUAAAGUCAUCCAGCAGCUUCUUGCUUUGAGACCAGACCAACAGCUCCACAUCUUUAACUCGCUCAAGGCUCAUCUGACAGAGAAAGGCCUGCUCCCUGCCCUGGAAGAAGCAGCCUAGCUUUUCAGACCAUCCCAGGGACAUCCCAACGGAGUGGGCUGAGAAAGCAACGGAAGCAGAUCCAGGCGGUGAUGGAAGUGGGAGAUGAGAUGAAGAACAUAAGAAGGGAAACAACGGAAAACUGAACCACAACCUAGGGUCAUUCCAUUUUCAGUGUGUGUGUGAGAAAGCGUGAGUGAGUGUGUGUGUGUACCUCUGUGUUUUUGCUUAUUUAAUUUUUUGUGAAUGUUUGUUUUAUGUUUUAUCUCUUACACCGUAAAAAAUAUUAUUUUAAUAUAACAUUGACUGUGUUGUUACAGUUCUUUGUGAGUUGAGCUGUACAAUUCCACUCGUGUACAAAUGUUCUGUACCUAUUAAUUGCCUGGAUAUUUUAUAGUGUUUCUUAUGUUUCAUUUUGUUUUAAUGCACUGCUCAUCAUACUGUCAUUUCAACCUCAGGCUAGCCUUUGUUUAUUUUUUGCUAACAGGUUUCCAUACCCCAUCAUAGUUCAAAA